AUGUUAUUUUUUAUUAUCAUUCUUCUCAGUAUUACAGGUUCGAUUCUGAUUUUAUAUAAACUUUUUAUCUAUAAAUUUCUUUCAUUGACAGUGCAAGUGAAACCUCAAAUAUGCUAUAAAGAGAAUGCAUAUGAUACAUGUUCGACAAAUAGUGGUUGCGGCUGUUUCCAUAUGGACGUUACACCUGGUGUUGGUGUUUGUGGUUUUCUUUGGGUUGCUUGUGCGAAGCUAGAGCCUUGUGACCUUUCUUCGGCUAAGAAAUGUUCUAACGAAAACAACACUAUUUGUGUUCACCAUCCUCGAUGUCAUCCACAUCCAGUAUGUUAUCCAACAACAAUGCUUGAUGAGAGAAUCUGUCCACCAGAGGACCGUACAUGA